UGCGCUAGAGGGGUACAGCCACAGCAGUGGUCCGAAACCUCGCCAUAAACAUAUACACAAUUAAAUAAACGUGAAAGUGAACUUCAUUCAGACAUUUUUUUUUCAUGGAUUCAUAAUAUUUCGCACAAUGAUCAUCAGGCACAGGACGCAGUUUGAUUGCGGAUAUGAACGCAUGAUGGGCAUGAGAUUGUUUACAUUUCUCAUUCUUUCUCCAUAAAAAAAAACUUUGGAUCCGUGCGACGUAGUUACAUGAAACCUGUCCUCCUUAACGGGUCCCAAACUGCUCCAAAUAUGAGCUGCUGCUACAUCUAUGCACUGCUGGUAAACAUCUGGACAACUGAUAAAGUAUAUUCACAGGUGACAAUUGAUGGGGUUAUUGGAGGUUCUGUUCUCUUGCCAUGUGCUUCAAAUAAACAUGAGCACAACCUUCAAAACAUCGAUGUGCUUUGGCGAUACAAUGCCAGUAUGAACGUGUUUACUAUACUUAAAGGAAAAGGUUCAGUGGAGCAUCAGGGACCAAAGUACAAGAACAAAACAGAAAUUUUUCCUGAUGAGUUUUUGAAAGGAAUCUUCUCCAUCCAACUCAACAAUCUUGUCCACACUGAUGCCGGAGAAUAUGAUUGUUACAUUGUACAUUCAGAAGAACAUGUGAAAGUCUGGCUGCUUAUUAAUGUGUAUUCACAGGUGACAGUUGACGGGGUUAUUGGAGGUUCUGUUUUCUUGCCAUGUGCUUCAAAUCUAACUGAGUACAAACUUCAAGACAUUAAUGUUCAUUGGAGAUACAAUGCCAGCAUGCAUGUCUAUGAUAUACUUAAAGGUAAAGGGUCAGUGGAGCUUCAGGAACCAAGGUUCAAGAACAAAACAGAAAUAUUUCCUUAUGGGUUGGUAAGAGGAAUCUUCUCCAUCCAACUCAACAAACUUGAACACACUGAUGCCGGAGAAUAUGAAUGUUACAUCGUACAUUCAGGAGAACACGUGAAUGUCCAGCUGCUUAUUAAUGAAUCAACGGAAGCAAAAGAGGCAGGAGGAGGAAAUAAAUGAGAAGAAACAAACAUAGUUCUUAUAUCAAUUACUUUGCUUUGUGUAUCUGUACUGGUGAUGUUAUGUAUCUUUCUCUUUGUGUAAAAACUGGUUUAUAUGCAAGAAUGUUUUUUAUAAUAUACCUUAAACAGUGUGUCAUGUCUUUCUGACAUCAUGUAAACAUCAUGUCACAACACGUACGAAACUUGUAAUUGUUCGCAAGAGAGAUUUAAUUUUUUUGGUGAUUCAUUUCAGUACUAAUAGUUUGUUACAAACAACAUAAAAAUACUUAAUUUUUUUACUUCCUGUAUUUUUGUUUAAACUUUUGAAAGGAUUAACAUUUCAAAGUUUGCUUUAUGCAAAUGUUUCGUUUAGGUUUUGUAGAACUGAUGUAAGUGCAUUCCUCCAAGCUAAUCCUUUUUUACAACAGGGAAACAACUUUUUUCCAUAACUAAUUUGGAAUUUACUAGUCUCAUAAUCACAGUAAUUCUGAACAUUGUGUGUACUUUCAGUCAGUUGGUUUACAAUGUAUUUUGAAAUUAUUUGGUUAUAUUUUUGUCUGCCAUGAUGUUCAGAACUGCUUUUUUAAGGGAACAGUUUGAUUUUUAGUGGCACAAAACAGUGACACCAAUUUUUUGUAAACCUGUUCUGUAAGUCUUUAAUGUGUAAAUGUAUGGUACAGUGAAUAUUCCAUAAAUGUGUACUAAAUGCGUAAACAUGUUAUUUUGUGCUACUAAUAAAUUGUAUAUAUAAUUUAUUAUAAUGCAUAUUACAUUUCCAUGUUAAUUGUUUGUUUUUUGUUUAUAGGACUAUAAACUGUAAUCAUCGAAGUUUAUUGGGUUUAACUGAAUCAAUCAGAUUCUCCUACAUUGAUACUGGACUCAUUCUCAAACCAAACAAUAGCAUUUCAAUUCAAUAAACAUUGAAAAACAAAUAUUCAGUUAAAUCUAAACAUCGUCUGGUCAUUUAUUGGGAGUUUAUUACUGUAUGAACACAGAAACACCUGCAAAACUCAGUAACAGCACAAGACUGAACAUCAUUGGUAAGUGUUAAUUUAGUCAUCCACUUAUACUUAAGAACGUAAAUAAUUCAUUUAGACACGUUUAAAGCGGACUUAUCAUAACUUAAAAAAAAUGCAACAAAUAAAUUGUCUUUACAGAACCGACUCAACUCACUUAUCAUUUCUCAGAGUAUCAGAAUCUGACAGCAGUGAACUGUAUUCAUCAGAAUGAGACACAAUGGCACAUUAUCAUCAUUAUAUCUGCUCUGAUGAAUGCUGCUCUGAUCAUUGUGGUUAUAAGUAAGAUAUUGUUUGUGAUACAAUUAAAUGUAUAAAAAUAACUAUGGCUGUAAAAAUAUUGAGAUAUUCCUAUUCUCCAGUAGGUUAUGGAAGUUGUUAUUCAGGAGAAAGAUUAAACCUUCAUGAUAUUGAUCUACUGCAGACAAAAUAUUUAUAUCAAAAACAACAUGAAGAGUUGAACCAAGCACAUGUACAUAUGUUAUACUGCUAUUAAUGGAUUUAGGAGUGUUUAACCUUGUUUGGUUCAUUAUUUUAAUGUAAUUUGCAUUUAUGCUUCUAUUGUUUGAAAUUGUCUGAAAUAGUUUAAUAACGAGUCAUUUUUGUCAUUCCACAUGUUUAAAAACAUUCUAUCAUCAAUAAACUUUUAACAUUUAUAAAGACUACUGGGACUUCCUGUGGCAAGCCU